AUGGACCGGAUGAAGAAGAUCAAGAGGCAGCUUUCUAUGACCCCGGGUGGGCGCACAGCGGAAAAAAGCCCCGGAGAUCACUCGGAACAGAUCACUGUGGAAGAUAACGGUGGCAGUGAUAACGAGCCCAUCGUCCGAAAUGGGAGAAGCCUUUCGUCCCACAGCAUGCAAUCCUUCCUGCACCACUACACCACCAGCUCCUUCCAAAAGCCGCAUCCCCGACCCCACAGUGUCGUCUGCCGGAGCCUCAGCUCUUAUCUGAACCGGAGCAGCCGAUUAGAGAUUGUACACGAAGACCUGAAGAUGGGCUCGGAUGGCGAGAGUGACCAGGCUUCCGGCUCGUCGGAUGAAGUACAGUCACCUGUCCGAUUGAGAAUGAGGAACAAUGCAGCGCGCAAAAUAUCCACAGAGGAUGUUAAUAAGCGUCUGUCCCUCCCAGCCGAUAUCCGUCUUCCCGAGGGCUACCUGGAGAAACUGGCCAUGAGUAGCCCCCAGUUUGAUAAACCUCUGAGUAGGCGACUGAGACGAGUCUCUCUGUCGGAGAUUGGUUUUGGAAAGCUGGAGACCUACGUCAAGUUAGACAAGCUGGGAGAGGGCACCUAUGCUACUGUUUACAAGGGCCGCAGUAAGCUAACGGAGAACCUGGUAGCUCUUAAAGAGAUUCGCCUGGAACACGAGGAGGGGGCUCCUUGUACCGCUAUCCGAGAAGUUUCUCUUCUGAAGGACUUAAAACAUGCAAAUAUUGUUACUCUUCAUGACAUUAUUCACACCGAGAGGACCCUGACUCUGGUCUUCGAGUACCUGGACAAAGAUUUAAAGCAGUAUCUGGAUGAUUGUGGGAACUUAAUAAACCUUCACAACGUCAAGCUUUUUCUUUUCCAGCUUCUUCGGGGACUGUCGUACUGCCAUCGACGCAAAGUUCUGCACCGUGAUCUCAAACCGCAGAACCUGCUAAUAAACGAGAAAGGGGAGCUCAAGCUCGCCGACUUUGGUUUGGCCAGAGCUAAAUCUAUCCCCACCAAGACGUACUCCAAUGAAGUGGUGACGCUGUGGUACCGGCCCCCGGAUAUACUUCUGGGGUCCACAGAAUACUCCACCCAGAUUGACAUGUGGGGCGUUGGCUGCAUCUUUUAUGAGAUGGUUACAGGGCGACCUCUUUUCCCAGGAUCCACUGUGGAGGAACAGCUGCACUUUAUUUUCCGAAUACUCGGCACUCCCACGGAGGAGACGUGGCCCGGGAUCCUCUCUAAUGAAGAAUUUAAAUCCUACAGUUACCCAAAAUAUCAUCCAGAUCCUAUCCAGAAACACGCAGCAAGGCUGGAUUCAGACGGAGCCAACCUUCUCUCUAAGCUCCUACAGUUGGAAGGAAGGAGUAGGAUCUCAGCCGAGGAAGCCAUGAAACACGUAUACUUCCAUGAACUGGGGGAAAGGAUUCACAAGCUACCAGACACUACUUCCAUCUUUGCACUGAAAGAGAUACAUCUGGACGAGGAGAAUAAGCACAGGCCGGUGGUGCCAGAACCAGUUCACACACAGUCCCGGAGGCUUAGCCUCGUUCUUGGGUGAACACCGCCUGGAGCUUUGUCUUCGAAACAAGAGUGUGGUCCUGCAGCUGGAAACAGAACAAGGCCAGACAGAGCCUUGCCUGAGAUUGCUCUUGGUGCCUGCAGUUGGUGGACAAGUGAACGUGGACAUUAGGCAGUGCCAGCAUGUGGCAUCUAUAAUACCCAUAUUAUCUUUCCCAUUUGGACACUAUGUGCUGAUAUGCUGCUGUUCCUUCGGGGACUCAUGCCACACUCCUUGCCGUGUGUCAUAACGUAUAACUCCCCCGCAUCCUCUCCUUGUUCUCCCAUGUGCGCUGGUCCUUCCAACUCAUCUAGGGGGUCUUACUAUCUGCUUCAUUACUCUUCAUGAAGAUUUGGCCAAGACUCAGUUGUGAUCUGGGUAAGAGCAUCUGUAUAUAUAUAUAUCACGCUGCUGACCUCCAACUCUACAUGAGGGGGUUCCAGUAACGGGGGCUGGUGAGAGCUGCAUGGACCACUGCAAGCAGGGUAAAGACUUUAAAGCUGCUUAGCAAAAACACGACUCUGCCAUAGGCCGGUAGAAAUGAACAAGGAACGUUGGUGGAAAGAGAGGUCUUGCUACCAUCCUGGCUAUGACAGGUGGUCUAGAUCUUGCUCCAACUGAGUGUUAGAAGGGCUGAUAUUUACCACUUCCCCUACUUACUCUUCAGUUAGGUUAUGCCGUGUGUGUAAACCACUCCUAACCUCCUCUUUGUGUGGCGAAGGUUUGUAUAUCAUGGGCAAUGGGGACAAAUCUGUCUCCAAGGUAAAGUCACUUUACUUUUCUCAGGAAUAAAGAUGCAGGGCUGUGCCUGAGGCAGUCAGUAUUACAGACGGGGCUUGUUCACAAGUCUUUAGAAACAGCAAACAGAACAGAAAGGAUAUGUAGGAACAGGGAAAGAUUGUGGCUUUCCACCGUGCACAGGGCCACCGUUGACAACCCUAAGCGGUUGCACUCCCUUCCCUAGUUGGGUACCUUUUUUUUUUUUUAGUUUGUCACCCAGGGGAGGAGCAAGGCAGGGGCUCCACACCCCUCUUCCUGCUACAUAUCAGAUGUAUGAACAACUAUUAAAACCAAACUUUGCUCUCCA